AAAUUGUGUUGGCAAUCUUGAUGGGUGGCUGCUAUUGCCUGCAAUUGUUUUCACAUGUUUACAUUGUGUAAUGUGUUUGUAAAUAAAAGUAUAAUGUGACAGAGUAUGUUGUCUGCAAAUUUUUGCCCCUUCCGUGUAAUUCGUUGCUGAUGAAUUCUGUGUUGCUUAAGUAAAACCAUUAUGCCAACAAGAGAAGAACUGCCAAGAUCAGAGCCUUUUCGUAGCUGGACUGAUGAUUUACCAGUGUGCCGACUUUCAGGUGUUGGAUUUUCAACAAACCAGAUAUACAGAGAAGAUGGCUACCGUCAAGAAGAACAUCCAUUUGAAGACCGUAGUUUCCGCUGGCGUGUGGAUGAUUCAACCUCAUUAUAUGGAGUAUUUGACGGACAUGAAGGUGUGCAGGCUGCAACAUUCGCUCUUCAGAGAAUGGCUGCUGAAAUAUUAUUUGGAGAGUUACCAGGAAAAACCACAGAUGAAGAAGUGAAAGAGUUUCUGAGGCAAGCAUUUUUUGCAGUUGAAAAGGGUUACUUUGACUCCAUAGAUGAACGUUUAGCUGUCCGAACAAGUUUGCAGUAUGAAAUUCCAGAAGGAAUGUCAUCUUAUGAGGCCUACCAGAAAUUUCCACAUGUGGUAGACAAGUUAAAUGCCCUCAACUGUGAAAUAUCAUCUGGGACAACAGCACUUAUUGCACUUGUGCACGCUGGCAAACUUUAUGUGGCGAAUGUAGGAGAUAGCCGUGCUCUGUUAUGCCGAACAGAUGGCAAUGGUGUGCUGCGUGUUGUACAACUGAGUGCUGACCACGAUUUGCGGAAUGAAGAUGAAUUGUUGCGACUUAAAAGGCUGGGACUUGAUGUUGACCGCAUAAGACAAGGAUCCCGUUUGGGUAACCAAGAAAAUACACGAUGCCUGGGUAAUUAUCUAGUGAAAGGUGGCUACAAGGAAUUCGAAGAGUUGGCCUGUGCAGUGGCAGAACCAGUGAUAGCUGUGCCAGAAAUCCAUGGAGGAAUAGUUCUGGAUGAAUCAUGCAGGUUUCUUCUGUUGAUGUCAGAUGGGUUAUAUAAAUCCCUUGAAGAAGCAACAGGAACGGAUCAAGUUAAUAAAGAAAUUGCUCAAAUGGCUGUUGAACAGUUCCGUAUUCAGUCAACACUGACUGGUGUAGCACAGGCAGUUGUGGACAAGAUUGUCAGAAUUCACCAUGAUGUUUAUAUGAGUGGCUCUACAGCUUCAAAUGGACAGUCAAGAGUUGGUGGCAAGAGAGAUGAUAUCACACUACUUGUCAGAAACUUUAAUUUUCCUCUUCCAAAUGCAUUAAGUUCACCAACAAAUGCUGUUGUUCGUUUCAAUCCAGUUGUUACUACAGUACCGAUGCCCUCAUUUGGCGUGUGUGAGGAAACAACAACAAAUGAAAAUUCACUAACUGAUGCAACAGAGACAACAGAUGACCAGCAGAAUGAUACCUCCACCACCGAAUCAUCUGAUGUAUUUCCUCCAACUCGAAAUCCACCAGACAGGAGACGACGUAUAAAGCCAUAUGUUGACUUCUCUGAUUUUUAUAAAAAUGUUGAAAAAGCACGUCAGGAAGGUGCUCUACCACCAGACAUAGAGCUAUAAUUUCUUAUUGUCAUCCUACAACUCACAUAUACAUUAUAAAAUAUUUUUGUAGAACAUUUACCUGAAUGUAUAUUACAUGUAUUAAAUGGAUAUGUUCACUU